GCAGCGAAAGAACCUCUCGAGCGUCUUGGAGCGGAAAAUUCGAGAAAAUCACAGCGCGCGAGUGCCAGAAAAUAUUUGAAAAAUCUGAAAUAAAUCAAAGAAAGGCAAUUAUAGUGCGAAUUAUGUGGGGAAUCCUACUGCCACUGGCCCUGUUGGCCCUCUUUUCGAAUGGCGCAGCCAUCAGGUGUUAUGUCUGCGAUUCGAGUGAUAAUCCCAGCUGCGCCGAUCUGAGCUCGAAUUCCAGCAUAGAGGCCGAGGAGUGCACUUUGGACAAAAUGAAAUCCCUGGACACCUGGCUCUUCGACUUGAAUAAAUUCUCAUAUUUCGAUAAUGGCGCCAACAAAAGUCCGCUUAUGAAUUGCCAAAAGGUUGUGGCCAAAGACCCUUCUACCAGGAAAGUGGUGACGGCGCGCUUCUGCCAACUGGACACCGGCGACUCAGAUGCCUGCGACAUCCUGAGGACCAAGCUGCGCAUCCCGAGCGCCGAGGAGCGGGAGCAGCGGAAUCGCAACCAGAACAAGCGGCGGAAGGGGCACGGCCAGGAUGCGGAUGCAGACGAGGAGAUCUCCGCGGAGGAUGCGUUCUUCUGCGACAUCUGCAAAUCGCAUCGCUGCAAUGGAGCGGCGGCCGUAACGCUUUCCCUGGCUUCCAUUCUGGCCAUGAUUGCGCUCCAACUGGGCUGCUAAGGCAAUGGAUGUGUGUGAGGGAUAUACACAGAUGGAUGGUGGAACGAGUGGUGGUGGUGGUGGUGGUAGUGGUGGCAUGAUGGUUGCAUUUAGGUUGAGUUACCCUUAGCGUUACCCUCGCCGAUUACUUUGUAAAUAUUUGAGUGCAAUGUCACUGAUUCGUACAGGUGCUUCAAACACACCCACUUAACCCCAUUAACCCCUUCUUCCCUUAACCCUAGAAAUGUAAGCACAACACAGCACAGCACAGCACACACGAUACACCGAAACACCGAUACAGUACAUACAAGGAGGUAAAACUCACACAGAAACUCGCUUUGAUUCAAAACAAACAUGAAACUUUCGAUUUCCAAAAUAAAUACCAGAAAAAUAAAGAGUAGGGAUAUGUGUGAUACCAUGCUAGCAAGGUACUACAUAUACGAGGUACUAGAUAUCAAUGUUUGGCAUUCUGUGCCAUUAGCUCUUGUUGUUCAGCUUUAUUAUGUUACUAUUCAAAUUGUUAGUUUUAAUGGCUUGGAGCGAUGAGUAUAGGAAUUCACCAAUUGCCUUUAAUUCCGAUAUGAUUUCUUAGGUAAAUUCAAAAGUGCUUCAAUGUCUAGUCAAUCAAUUCGUGUUAGAAUAUUGCAAACAUUUUGAUAGUACGUAAAUUAACUGAAAAAAGCCGCAAGCAAAAACAAUCAACUUAAUGCAAAACGCGAAUUUAAGAAUAACGUGAAUCAAAUGCAAUAAACGUUAGUAAAUGUGCAAUUAGAGGAAAUGUCAACGAAAAGCAAUGCAACAAUUAAUCCGUGAGCUUCAAAUCGCCCAAAAGCCACACACUAUAUACUAUAUAUGUAUACUAUAGUACCAUAUGUUUUUGCAACGCGUGGAGUCUCAGUUCUG